AUGGAAUUCCCUGAGCCUCAUGUCCAUCUGCCUCAGGAUCCGCACACCCACACGGUCAUCCUGCUCCAUGGUCGCGGGAGCAAUGGCCCCGAAUUCGCCGAGGAGCUCUUCUCCUCCGUCACCUCCAAGAACCAAAACCUCGCUUCUUGUCUCCCCACCUGGCGCUGGGUCUUCCCGACCUCCCGUGAUCGGUGGAGCACUACAUUUCGGGAAGAGAUGUGCUCCUGGUUCGACGCGUGCUCCUUGAGCGACAUUCAGAAAGGACAGGAUUUGCAAAUUGACGGUCUAAGGGAGUCAGUCGCGCACAUCUUACAUAUUCUGGAGAAUGAAAUUAAGAUACUUGGCGGGAAGCCCAGCCAUAUCUAUCUCGGGGGUAUCAGCCUGGGAAUGGCAACUGCUUUGUGGGCAUUAUUCUGUGCCACGGACCGAAUCAACGGACCACUGGGUGGCUUUCUGGGCUUCUCUGGCUGGUUGCCGUUUGCCCAUCAGGUGGAAGAUUUGGUUCGGCAGCAGCCACAGGAAGCCAGUUCUCUCGGUGGCCCUAGUAAGAUCCAGAUACAACACUUGGCCUCUAAUUUCUUCCUGGAUACAAUCGCCGGUCCCGAAAAGUCGCAGAGUAAUAAGACCGUCAAUACCUCUAUCCUGUCGACUCCCGUGUUUUUAAGCCACGGAACCGAUGACGCGUGGGUACCUGUGGAAUUGGGUCGACAGGCAUCUCAAGUCUUGCAACAAACCCUGAUUCCUGUUGAAUGGAACGAGUUUACUGGGGCGGAGGAAGAGGGCCAUUGGAUCAAGGAGCCCGAGGGGUUCGAUCAAAUUCUUCAGUUUCUUGAAAGGGCGUGA